ACCACAUGGAGGGCACUAUCUAGUUUGCUCAUGCUUUUAAAAGACCAAUCGCUGCUAUCCACUCAGCAGGAUCAGAAUUUGUGCUUUUAUAAACAUGGGAAAAGAAAGCAAACUAAGAGCAAAGGUGAACGUCUCUCCUUACGUCCAUUUUAUGAUCGACUUCAAAAAUCAAAUGAAGGAGCAACAGCCAAACACCUAUUAUGACUUUACCGAAUUUUCUAGAAAGUGUUCUGAAAAGUGGAGGACCAUCUCGAAGAAGGAAAAGAAGAAGUAUGAAGCCCUAGCCAAGCGCGACAAAGUUCGGUACCAACAUGAAAUGAGAAACUACACCGGACCAAGAAGGCAGAGAAGAAGGAGGGAUGCGAAUGUACCGCGGAAGCCCCCAUCCUCAUUCCUGCUCUUCUCCAUGGAUCACUUUGACCAGAUAAAAGAAAAACACCCAAACUGGGCUGUGGCGCAGGUGGCCAAGGCUGCCAGAAGGAUGUGGUCCAGGUCUGCGGAAGUGGACAAAAUCCCCUAUGAGGAGAAGGCUGCUAUUCUGUGGGCAAAGUACCUUGAAGAGCGGGAGGCCUACUACCACCAAUGCCAGCGUGGGAAGUAAAACUUCUAGGGAUGGGGCAAACCCAAUCUAAAACAAUAAACCUCAUUCAACUGGAAAAAAAAGAGUAAAGUGCACUAUUGAUAAUGAGGAGUGCCAUAUGACAAACAUAAAUUGUGAACCUACUCAGGAUAAGAAAGAAAGGAAUCCAACCAGAUUCCACCAUUUCUAAAUAGUACACUAAAGGGAUCAUAAGGCUUCAAGGCAAAUGAAUGAAUUUCCAUAAAUUUCAAGAAAUCCUUGAAAAAGGGACCACGGAGAUCUGCUCAGUUAUGAAUGGAUAUAAACAGUAAUAAUAAAAGUAUUAAUCCAUUAAAAUCAAAUUCUAAAGAUGAACUUGCUCUGGAUAGAUUAUGCUAUUCAACGAUGUAUUUACAGAUAAAAGUAUAUCAGUUUUCAAGAAAUAAUUUAUCUACAUGUUUUGUCCCAUGUGAAUCUCAGAAGCAUUAUUAAGUAUAAAACAAACCCAAGGAGGUAUAAGGAGCUUUACUCUCAGAAUUAGGUUUAAGGGAAUGCAUUAUCAGAGUGAAAGCAGAAAACAUUUCAGUUUCGGAAGAACGUAUACAAAGUCAAAACACAUUUUUGUAUUGCACGUUGCUUUUUCUAUUACUGAAUGCACACCUGCAAAAACAAUCUUUAUUCAGCUUAGAUUAGUGGCCGCUGAAAGCUAUACAAAGAGAUCUGGUGGUUUUAAUUUUAUUCAUCAUGUCUCCAGCUCAGGGACCUGGGGAAAUACAGAGAAGUGUGCUGCAUAUUUAUAAGGCCUCUGGGACCUUACCAGGCUUCCAAAUGCCUUGUUUGUUGCAAUCUGCUUGUCAAACUAUUAAAGAAGUAAAAUCCACACUCUAUCCCCUAUUGCAUAUGCAGAUUUUCUCUGUUAAUUAAAUCAAAACUAUAUGAUUGCAAGGAGAACCGAUGGAAAUCUAGUGUCUCUCCAGCUUCUCCAACACCUAGAAGACAUAAAAUAUUUCUAGCACCAGACAUUCUUUUACAUAAAAAAAUUGACUCUCACGUUAAAAAUAUGUUAACCUUGAUUGGUUACUAAAGCUGUUCGUUUAAAACUUUAGAUUUAACUGGUCUGCUAUUAAAAUGUUUUCGUGUCACUCCGUAAUUAUAGCUACUGUAAUAUAAUUCUAAUUUGGUAUGGACUUAUUCACCUCUCAGAUACAAGAGGUUAACCACUAAAAAGGCCUGAGCUCUUCUUCUUUUUCAAUAUGAUAUUUAAGUGAAAACAUGUGUUCCAUGAUUUUAUACUUAGUUAAGUAUCAGUAUGAUAGAAAACAAUAUAUAUCCGUGCUUAUGUCUCUUUGAACACAAUUAUAAUGUAGGCAAAGAGGUCCUGGAAGCUCCUGUAACUGCAUCCAAGUGAAGGGGAAGGGUGAUCUUUCUUCUAACUGGAAACGUAAGCCCCAAGUGAUUUCUUUGUAUUAAGUCUGUUGCCUGACUAGGAAUACGGGGGACAGCAUAUUCUUCUCCCUACUCUCAGUAGACCUAUUUUUCACAUGCUGUCCUGGACAGAAAAGAAAUACUAUCCUUUUGAAUAUGGUAUAUGAUUUGAGGCUAACCCCAUCAUUAGAA